AUGAAGGCAGAGCUAAUAUCAAUCUUCGCAUGGAUCAUCACGCUGCAGGUAGCGGCAAUUAGCGUAAGCAUUGCCGUGCAUCUCAGUUUACUGGCAUCAAACGUCAUCCGUUCCGACUACCUGUGCUACAUGGGGCCAAAUAUUGGCAUCUUGUGCACGUUGUUCAACACAGACCAACAGUUCAUCAACGAGGUGAAGAGCAUAGAGGCACAGUUGAGCGAGUUGACCAAGCUUAGCGCCAAGUGGCCUCGACUCUUCAAGCUCUCGGCACAUCGGGUGCUGCGGCAGCUGAAGCGCAUGGCGGACUUCAGCAUCGGGGACGCGUACUCCCUGAAGCACAGCUCCCUCCUGGCCGUGCUGAAUGCGUGUGUUGGCUGGCUGGUGCUGCAACUGGACACUAAAAUUGUAGAAAGCCUGAAGAAACAUGGCAUCACUGACCGAAUCUUAACUUACGGAGUCAGAGAAAAACUUUUAGAAAAAGACGUGAUAAUAUGUCCUGUGAACGUUGAAGGAUACCACUGAAUUUUGUGCAUAGUUUGCCCAAAUCUCGAAGUAAUAGCAUGUCUGGACAGCACUCAUCAAGUAAAUAGGCCGAUCCUUGAAAUGUUGUCACAGUUUUUGGGAGCGCUCAAAUGGAUCCAAGCAAAGGAAUCCAAAAAUUCGAAUGGACCUUCAAUGCACCUCAGGACAUCGAGCGUCAAAAGAACAGUUUUGACUGUGGAGUGUACGUCUACUUAGGGGCAGAAAAAGUCUGUGGGAUCGAUGUAACUCUAAAAUCUUCUGAUGAAAAAAGAAAAUACAUUUUGAAUGAGUGUAAAAAAAUACAAAGUUGAACAAUCAUGCGACGUUAUUACGAAACAAAUUUGGGAUGUACCGACAUGUUAUGAAAAAAUUACUAUAUCAACCAAAGUUCCACUAGGCUUGUCAUCCACUGCUGAUUUAUUGGCUGAAAUAAGGUCCAACAAAUUUGUGGGUAGGUUUCAGCGCUGUUUUCUAUGAGUUUCGUGCAAGAAACCAACUGACACAACAAUGGUAUUUUGUGAGGGCGAACGGUGUCGUGACUGGUACCACGUAGCCUGCGUUUCAAACCGUAGGAGGCUACCUAAGGGUAAAUAUUUGUGUCCCUUGUGCUCGAAAUCAUAAUAAUAUGCACAAUAUUUAACGUGAAAUUAAAAAGAAAUAUUAAUUUCCAUUCUACUUGAAUACAUUUCAUCAAGCAAAGAAAUCAAGUGGAACUUAUUUUAACGUAAAGGGAUGUUACCCGGAUAAUGAGAUUAUAAAGAGAGCUUUGCUAAUAGUUUAUCAAUCGUGCAAUGCAUUUAACGAUGAACCAAAAACUAUGUACCUUGCAAAUUCAGGAGCAAAGGAAUUAAUAAAAAUUUGGCUGAUUGCACUUUUUUUAACCUUAGAAGCUAUAGUGCCUCUAGGAGCGA